AUGGACCCCGCCAACCCGAGCCCCCACGAAGCCGAGCCCGCCGUCGUCCGCUUCCGGCCCAGCAAGAGGCGCAAGACCUAUCGCCAGCGCCCCCAAGACCAGGACGACAGCCUUGCCCCGCGAGCUCCCGCCGACGGCGACGACGAGAAACAAGGCAGCAGAGGACGCACGAGCAGGAGCGGCAGUCAAGACGGCCACCCCGGCCCGCUCGAGCGAGAUGCAGACGCACACUCGGACGCGGAGCCCGUCGUGCGCUGCAACCCGCGCCGUCGGCGCACGCGCUUCCGCGGCAUUGGCUUCGCCUCCGACGAGUCGCGCCCGACCGCCCUCGCCGGCCCGCACGUCUCCAGGGCCCUCGUCCCGCGCGGCCAGGACGCUGCCGACGACGAAAAGCCCGUCGUCAGGGGCAUCGCCGACCGCUUCAUGCACCAGACGGGCCUCAUCGCCGACCCGGACGACAGACACAUGACUGAAUACAUAGAGUCGCGCCUCUCUAGCCGCAUCGCCGCCUCAAGCGCUCCCAAGCCCACCAAGUCCCGCCACCCCCAUCACCCUCCCUCGUCCCCCCCGGCAGCGACAGGCGCCGACCACCCCGGCCAGCCGCCCGCCCCGUCCACUGCGUCGGCCGUCAGGGCCGGCGACCAGCCCACAAAGCACGGCAAGCUGUUCGAGGUGGACAUCCCUGCCGACGUGCGCAACCGCCGCGACGACGCCAAGAGGCGCCACGCCGAAAAGGCUCCCAAGCCUCGCUUUGGGCGCAACAGGCGCAACAGCGACGACGUGAAGCGAGACGAGUUUGUCGAGCAGUUUCUCCACGAAAACAGACUCGACGUCUACGAUUUCCCCAAGCAGUCCACCGCCCCACCACCCCCCUCGUCCUCCACCUCCACCUCCGCCGCGGCGUCUGGCGACCACCGCACCGCCGACGACCGCAUGGCCGAGCAGUUCCGCCGCCAAUACCUCGACGACCUCGCCCAGCGCCGCCAGCGCAGGCGCCACGCCCACCCGCCCCGCCAGCAGCCCCCGCCCGGCGACGUCCUCCGCGGGCCCAAGCUCGGCGGCAGCCGCAACUCGAGGGCCGCCGUCAGGAACCUCUUGCUGCAGCAGGAGAAGGAGAAGGUGGGCAGGAAGGUCUAG